AGGAACUCCAAUAGGCCAUCAAAGGCCUCACCACCUUCCACUCUAAAUGCAAGGCAUAUUUUUUCCUUAUCUUCUCUAUCAUAAAUGUACCAAAAUGUGUGUGUCCAGUGCACAAUUGUCUGCUUGGGGAGAACAUGAGUGAACCAACUACUGGAAGGGGCUCUUGUACUAUGGUGAGUGCUGCCUUAGGAGGGCUGUGUUGUGAGCUGAUGGGGUGAAUAUCCAAGUGUCUGUCUGCUGUGACCAUUUGUUUGACUGGAUCUAGUUGCAGGGACUGUUUGACGAUGUGUUUGUUUGAAAAGUGUGACUGUUUGAUCGUGUGGUUGGUUGUUUGAAAAGUGUGAAUUGGGAGCGCUUUGUUCCAGGUGGGCCUUGAGUGGUUGAUUGGAGGGAAGGCUUUGAGCUGGGCCAAGUGCUACGAGCCAGCAGCCUGAUAAAAAAGCAGCCAGUUGUGAACUGAGUGAGUGGUGAACAGAGGACAGGCAAACGGAGUUCGCUUGGGAGUUCACUUGCGGGGAGUUCCCACAGAGUGUUUUUGCCUUUCAGGCUUCUGUGAGCAGUAAAUACAAGAUCUGAAGAGGCUCUUAGAAGAAAGACAUUAUGGAUAGUGAGCAAUCAGUGGUUGUGACCUGCAUAGGAUGUGCCACGUUUGUCUUUCUCCCAGGGGAUAGAAGCAACUUCGUCUGUACGAAGUGCAAGCUGGUCUCCAUAUUGGAAGAGAAGGUUAAAGGACUAGAGACCCAAGUAUCAACCCUGCAUUGCAUCAGAGAAAAUGAAGAUUUUCUGGAUAGAAGUCAGCAUUUGGUAUUGCAGGCACAGCAUGCUGAAGAAUCCGAGAGGGCAGUGCAGAACGGGGAAGAAAAUUGGCAGCCUGUGACCUCCAGAAGGAGAAAGAGGAGAACCCAUGUAUCCCCAAUGCAGAUAGAGGGGAAAGAGAGGAGAAAUGCAUAAUAGAAGACAUUCCAAGUGAUACCUUGAUUACUGGGAGUUACAAGGUACAGCAAUGGGACAUGCAUGAACACAGGUUUCUUGAAUCUGCUCCUGGUUUGGGAAUGUUUGUGACCAUUACAACUCCUACUAAGGAGCUACUGUUGUCAAAAUUGUAUGGUCCACAAGGAACAUUCUCUUUUACGUCACACUUACCUGGGGAGCAUAAUAUCUGUUUGCAGUCUAACUCCACAAAGCUCAUCUCAUUUGGAGGAAGUAAACUGCGUAUCCACUUGGACAUUAGAGUUGGAGAGCAUUUUCUUGAUGAAGCUAUCGCUCAAGCCAAGGACAAAGUUAAUGAAGUUAACUUUAGACUCGGACAUCUAAUUGAGCAAAUUCAUCACAUAUCCAAAGAACAAAACUAUCACAGAGAACGUGAGGAGUACUUUCGAUUGACAAGUGAAGAAACGAACAGCAAUAUGCUGCGGUGGGCUCUUGCACAAACAUUGAUCCUUAUCUUAGUUGGAGUCUGGCAAAUGAAAUGUCUUAAAGAUUUCUUUAUAGCUAAAAAGCUUGUUUAA